UCCCCCUCCGGCCUUGCGCCCUGUGUUGCCAGCACUUUGGAAUGGCGUUGCUUGCUCAGAGGAUCCAGACCUUUUACCAGUGGGUUCUAGACAAUGGAGACAAGAGGACGGACUCAUGGCUGCUGGUUUACUCCCCAGUGCCCAUCAUCGGGAUCUUCAUCCUCUACCUCCUCAGCAUAUGGGCUGGGCCCAAGAUCAUGAAGAACAGGGAGCCCGUGAACCUCAAGGGUGUGCUCAUAGGCUAUAACUUUGCCAUGGUCGGCCUCUCGGCUUACAUGUUCCACGAGUUUUUGGUGACUGCCUGGCUGGCAAACUACAGCUUGCUAUGUCAGCCAGUGGACUAUAGCAACAGUGCUCUCGGCAUGAGGAUGGCGAAAGUCUGUUGGUGGUUUUUCUUCUCCAAGGUCAUAGAGCUCAGUGAUACCUUCUUCUUCAUUCUGAGGAAGAAGAAUAGCCAGCUGACUUUCCUACAUGUUUACCACCAUGGGACGAUGAUCUUCAACUGGUGGGCCGGGGUCAAGUAUGUGGCAGGUGGUCAGUCAUUCUUCAUUGGUGUGAUCAACACAUUUGUGCAUGUGAUCAUGUACCUGUACUAUGGGCUGGCUGCGCUUGGGCCUCACAUGCAGAGGUUCCUGUGGUGGAAACGCUAUCUAACUUCCCUUCAGCUGAUCCAGUUCUUCAUUUUGACCAUCCACACGGGUUACAACUACUUUGCCGAGUGCGACUUCCCUGAUUCCAUGAAUGCCGUCGUCCUCGCCUAUUCCAUCAGCCUCAUCUUCCUCUUCAGCAACUUCUAUUACCAGAACUACCUCGGCAAGAAAAGCAAGAAGACAUGAUCACCUGCAGUGGUUGCACUGUUUUCCUGUGGGAUGUCACUCAUUUAGGACGUCCCACCUCAUGACAACCACUACAACUAGAUGGAGUAUUCCGGUAGAGACUCCCCCAUCCCCCCUAUCGGACUCAAUCAUGGCCUUCGUGUUUGUCUCCUUUUCCAUUUCUGAGGACUGUCCCCCUCCUCCCCCCCGGUCAUUACAGGUUGGGUCCUCGACAUGCUCUGUAGAUUUUGCCAAAUUUAUAUAAACCGGCCUGGGCCUUUCGCUCUCUACUCUACUUAUUUAUUUAAUCUCCUCCUGUGGCAGUUCAUUUAUCUUAUAAAUUACUGGCUGCACAGCUGCCAAUGGCUGGUCAGCACACGCCUGCGAAAGCAGCAGAUCGACGCCCACAGAGACUGCAGUAAACCCCCCCCCCAUGAGUCCAACGCGUUUGCAGCCUUCCUCCCAUGGGGGGCAGUGUUGAGCUGCUGCAACCAUCAAAGGGACUUCACUUCCUGGAAUGUAUGAGUUUCUUUCCCAACAACUAGCAGCCUCCUCAUGUGUGUGCCAUGAGUCAAACAUGAAUUUUUAACUGCACGUUAUCAGUUUUUUGUGUGUCAUAUGGUGUGUGCCCCCGCUGAGUGUUACGGUGCCAGUGUUUUGCGGGACCAUCCAGCUGUCACAUCCUGCCCCCUCUUCCUCACAAGCACCACUUCCAGAUCGUCUCAUUUUGUUAUUAUUCAGCAGUCCCUCUG